GCCGAGUUUUCAGCGCCGCCCCGAGCGCGGGCGCAGCAGCCUCCGGAGAACGAGCGGCGCCUGACCCGGACGGAAGCGCAGGAACGCGGAACCCAGACGGACCUCGGCUGCGCACGGAGCAGGGCGGACCAGGGGCAGAGCCGGCUCCCGACAGACGCGGAUCCCGGACAGACGCGGGUUCCCGACAGACUUGGGACAGACUUGGGACGGAUCCGGCUUCAGACAGACCGGGGCCCUGAACAGACCCCGGCUUGCGACAGACCCGGGCAGGAUCCUACUCUAGACAGACCCCGGCUUGGGACAGACCCGAGACAAACCCCGCCUUGGGAUAGACACGGGAAAGACCUGGGACAGCCGGCUCCAGCCAGACCCACACCGCGGACAGACUCCGCCUUGGGACACACGCGGGGGAGACCCCAGCUCCACACGGCUCCUGAAGGGCCCCGACCCUCGCCAGACUCCAGCACUGGGCCUAUUCCCGGUUACAGGGCGCCCCGGCCCGCGCCUCCCUCCUGCGGGCUGUGGGCUGCGGGCUGCGGGCGGCGGGGCGAGGGCGCCCCUCGGCGGCAGGGGUAUGCGUGGCCCGCGGCAUGGCCUCGGCGGUGUUUGAGGGCACGUCGCUGGUGAACAUGUUCGUGCGCGGCUGCUGGGUGAACGGCAUCCGCAGACUCAUCGUCAGCCGGCGCGGCGACGAGGAGGAGUUCUUCGAGAUCCGCACUGAGUGGUCGGACCGCAGCGUACUCUAUCUGCACCGCAGCCUCGCAGACCUGGGCCGCCUGUGGCAGCGGCUACGCGACGCCUUCCCCGAGGACCGGCCAGAGCUGGCGCGCGGGCCCCUGCGGCAAGGAUUGGUCGCCAUAAAGAACGCGCAUGACAUAGAGACCCGGCUCAACGAGGUGGAGAAGCUGCUCAAGCUGAUCAUCAGCAUGCCCUGCAAGUAUUCUAGGUCGGAAGUGGUGCUCACUUUUUUUGAAAGAUCGCCUCUGGACCAGGUGCUAAAAAAUGACAAUGUACACAAAAUUCAACCCAGCUUUCAAAGUCCGGUCAGAAUAUCAGGUUUGAGAAUGGCGGCGAGUUCACCCCAGAGCUGGAGGAUGGUGACGACCCCGAGGCUUAUGUCACCAACCUGUCCUAUUACCACCUGGUCCCCUUCGAGACGGACAUUUUGGACUGAGCCUCCUCACCAGGCAUCCCCCACCUCUGCCCUUGACUGCACGUUGGGAUGACGUCCGCAGCGAUGACGUCCGCAGCGUGGCGCUGGUCAUCACAGCUGCUGCUCAGCCCUCCGCCUCCUGCAGGCCCAGGUCCCGUCGCCAUGAAGCCUGGGCGCCCUGCAGGGGAAGCCACUGAGCCCCCACUGGCCACAGCAAGGCCCAGGGGUCAGCAGCCUUGGCACGGCUUGCCUCCAGAGAGUGUGACUCGGGAGGCCGCCAGCCUGUCUCCUGGGGGCUCUCCUCUGUCCUCUGGACGCCACAGCCUGCCUCGCAGCUCCUGGGACUUGCUCCCUGCCCACGCUCAGAGCCUGCAGGGCGUGUGCUCCACUGGGCUCGCUCUUGGAGUUACUGCGCCCUCUUGGAGCAUCCCUGUGGGUAAGAGUUCCCGGGCCACCCGCCCACUCACCUGUCAGAGGCACAAGUUCCCAAGUUCUGGACAAUGAACAUCUCUUAGUUCAGAAAUCCAGGAUUUCCCCAGGGGUGUGGCUUUCCUUUGGGUUUUUCGAGGGCUCUCUGGAAACUAGGCUUAUGUCACCCCAGAGGAGCUUUUCUGUAGGUCAAACACACACGGGAGAACUGGAAAAGGAGAAAGGAGAUAUAACGGAGGGGCGGGUAUGCCUGUGGACUUGGCCUGAGAGAAGGGGCCAUCCAGAGAAGCCACGAGCUUCUCAGCCCUGCAGCCCACGCUCGAUGCUGCCACGUGACAUCUGACACUCCUGUCUUGUGUGCCAAGUGGCAUCCCGGCUGUAGUGACCUCAAGGGCUGGGGACGGGAGGAAGUUCGAGGCUCCGAGCCCACCUCAGAUGCAGGGUCCAGGUCCCCACACGGUGUCUACUAAUGACCAGCAUUUGUUAGUGUAAAUAAUAGUAAAUUAUUGAGAAUUCUAAUUCUUUUACACAGUCUGUUUUUAAUCUAUUUUAAUGAAAUAAAAUCUAUUCCUCUGAUCUAUUUAA